AAAUUUACACAAUAUGUCAACGCGAUCUAAUGUCAAGGAACUCUAUGACGAGUUGCGUCGUAGAGGUGGGAGUACUUCAUUAAAUUUAUCGAUCCGCUACGAAACACAGAACGCUGAUCUUAGGUGACUGUGAUUGUACUGCCGACGCUAGAAUAAGAAGACCAAGAUGGGAAUUCCAGCUGGAGAUGCGGAAAAAGGCAAAAAGCUCUUCGUGAGUAGAUGUGCACAGUGCCAUACUGUAGAAAGCGGUGGCAAGCACAAAGUGGGUCCCAAUUUACACGGACUUAUCGGUAGAAAAACUGGACAAGCUCCUGGAUUUUCAUACACAGACGCCAACAAAGCUAAAGGAAUCACCUGGAAUGAAGACACAUUAUUCAUCUACCUCAAGGACCCCAAGAAGUACAUCCCUGGAACCAAGAUGGUUUUCGCCGGACUGAAGAAAGAGAACGAAAGAGCAGAUCUUAUAGCCUACUUGAAGGAGGCAACGAAGUAAAUUCGUUACAUUGUGAAUUUUCAAGAACCUCAAUAGUGAAGGGCCGAGACUGCCUUAUGUGAUAAUUUUAGGCGUUUCGGAAUUGUUCUUCGAUACCUUUAUUAUUCACUUAAUGACAGUUUUUGUCCAUGUCAUAGUGAAAUAAUUUGUACAAAUUAGAUGAAAUUUUAACUUAUUCCUAAUUUUAAAAUAUACUUUUAAUCGAU